AUGCCUGUUAGUUCAGCUGUGUGCACUGGUACAGAUCUGUGCCCAGAUACAGCUAUGUGUACUAGUACAGAUCUGUGCCCAGAUACAGCUGUGUGCACUGGUACAGAUCUGUGCCCAGAUACAGCUAUGUGUACUAGUACAGUUCUGUGCCCAGAUACAGCUAUGUGUACUAGCACAGUUCUGUGCCCAGAUACAGCUAUGUGUACUAGUACAGUUCUGUGCCCAGAUACAGCUAUGUGUACUAGUACAGUUCUGUGCCCAGAUACAGCUAUGUGUACUAGUACAGUUCUGUGCCCAGGUACAGCUAUGUGUACUAGCACAGUUCUGUGCCCAGAUACAGCUGUGAGUAAAGAUACAGCUGUGGGUACAGGCACAGCUAUCACCUCACGUUCAUCUAUGAUUCAG